AUGCUUCCCUCAACUGCUCCGUCUGUUGCAGACGAAACCGCCACUACCAGCCGAAAGCGUGGGAACCAAACCAGAGUCUCCGCAAAUCCGAAAAUGGAGGAGUUCCUCAAAAGCUGGCGACAGGAUGCAUUGAAUAAGCACCAAUAUGAUGCUGCGAUAUUCAUUGGAGAUAAACUGUUAGCUUUAACAGGCGACCCAAAAGACGCAUUCUGGCUUGCACAAGUGCACUUCAGCACAGGUCAUUACAAUAGGGCCCAGAGCUUCUUAACGCGAAAUGAUCUUAUCACUCGAUCCACCUCAUGUCGCUACCUUGCUGCCCUAUGUUUGAUCAAACAAUCAAAAUACGACGAAGCUCUCAAUGUCCUUGGCGAUAAGAACCCUACCCAUCUAGUCUCAGGCUCUUCAUCUUCUAUAGCUAGCCGACGUCGUGCGCCUUCUAAAAGUAGUAAGGAUCGAGAUGAUCCGGGCAGCAACAUCAAGUUUGAGGCCGCAAUGUGUUAUCUGCGAGGGCUCGUAUAUGCUAAGCAGAAUGCAUUUGAUAAGGCGAAGGAAUGCUACAAGCUUGCAGUUCUCAUAGAUGUGAAAUGCUUUGAAGCUUUUGACCAAUUGAUGAAAAAUUCACUCAUGUCACCUGAUGAGGAAUGGUCAUUUUUGGAGUCUCUGGAUUUUGAAGGCAUCAACUCUGAUGGCGAGGAACCCGGCCAACAAGCUGAAUUUGUAAAAAUGCUUUACACUACACGUUUGAGCAAAUACAAGAAUCCUAUGUCCUUCAACAAUGCUACGGAAACUCUUGCAGAGAGGUACAACCUUCGACAGAACGCUGACUUGAUCCUUUCCCGGGCAGAGCUUCUAUUCACUCAAUGCAGAUUUAAGGAAUGCCUGUCUCUUUGUGAAAACGUUAUUGAAGAUGACAACUAUAACUUUGCUGUUUACCCUCUCUAUCUUGCUUGUCUACAUGAGUUAAAUAUGAAAAACAAGCUUUUCCUCAUAUCUCAUGACAUGGCCGACAAUUACCCCGAAGAGCCCGUAACCUGGCUGGCCGUCGGUGUCUAUUACCUGACUACUGGAAAGAUUGCUGAGGCACGUCGUUUUUUCUCUAAAGCUUCAAUGAUGGAUCCACAUUUUGGACCUGCGUGGAUUGGAUUUGCGCAUACGUUCGCAGCUGAGGGAGAACACGACCAGGCAAUCUCAGCCUAUUCUACCGCUGCGCGACUAUUUCAAGGAACUCAUCUUCCGCAGCUUUUCCUGGGAAUGCAACAUCUUCAACUAAACAAUAUUACCCUUGCCGACGAAUAUCUUAACAACGCCUUUAUAUUAUGCAAAUCAGACCCUCUCUUACUAAACGAGCUCGGUGUCGUGUUCUACCACAAAGAACAUCUUAAGGAGUCAAUCCAACUGUUUACCAAAGCCCUUGAAAUUGCCGACGAAAUAGAGAGCGAUCCAAAGGCAUGGAUUGCUACCAGGGCGAACUUGGGACAUGCUUAUAGGAGAUUAGAGUUAUUUGACAAGGCCCUCGAGGCAUUUGAAGAAGUAACGAGGUCCGGCGAAGGGAGAGAUGCAAACAUAUAUAGUGCGGUGGGACUUUGCCAAUUACAGCUUGGGAGGCCUUGGGAUGCGGUAGUUAGUCUACAUGAGGCGUUGGCUAUAUCCCCACAGGACCCUAUAGCAACUGAACUUCUAGAGAAGGCACUCAAGGAAAACGCCAACACGGAUGCACUAUUCCAGGCCACUCUUCUUGCGGAUGGCGAAAUUGUUGUGCAAGCUGCCAGUGGCGGCCAUCGAUAUGGUGGGGACGGCGGUGAGUCAAGCACUCGCAGUAGCAGGAGAGGAGGCACAGCUUCUGGGGAGAGGAGAAGAUUGGGCGACGUUACGAGCAAUUACCAGGAAGUUGGUGGGGAGAGUAUGGAUCUCAGCGAUGAGGAGCUGUAA